CCAUUUGAUCUUCGGUAAUCGGGAGCUUCAACAAAGCUUAGUUCUUUGUUUACAUCAAUAAAGAAAGAAAGGGAAGAAAAAAAAAGAAAACAGUUCUGUUUGAGAAUGUUUUGAUAACAUGCGCCCGACGAGUAACUCGUUCUCCAGCUAGCUUUUUGUCACCGUCGAAGCGGAAAUGCCGGCCGGAGACAAGUACCUCUCCUCUCCGAAUGGCCGUAAGCAGAACAGAUAAUCAACCAGCAAACUAGGCGUAGGUUUGUCCAGAUCGCCACCGGCGCACCUUAGUUUACAUCACUGUUCUGAAACAUUGCUUGCGCGCAUGCCAACUUCCUGUUGGGUGCGCCAUCAUUUUCCUUGUCCUGCGUUAGCGCCCUCCUCGAGAGGUACAGGAGAACGUACUCUUUCGUCUUGAACCGUCGGAUGUUCUCCGAGAUUCCCACUACAGUAUUCCCGACAUAAACGCGUCCUCAUGAACUCCUGAGUCCUGAAAAAUGUCAACAUUUCAACAUUUUUCCAAUUUUCUCACCCCAACCAGGGUGAAGGCGGCAAUCGAUCCAGUCUUCGCUACAAACCAUCUGAGCCAGCUGGAACUUUAAUGCCCUCCAUCUGUUAAACUUGGCGAAAAUCGUGCAUACAUCCUUCGAUUUCCCGAAAUGACCGUUAUGCCAUCACUUAUCUUUUUUACGGUGCAAUUUUUUCUGCAUUCACCGCCUUCGUUUUUUUCUUUUCUUUUUUUUUUUUUUUUCUUUCGAAUAUAAACCACUCUCGAUUUGCCAUGAUUCUUGAAGGCGGGUAACCGACCUGUAAGUCAAAUUAUGGUUUCAGCAGCCGGACUUUCACGCAGCAGCUUCUGGUUUUCUGGUUUUAUGAGUUUACCAGCCUCAGCCAACUAUCAGUAAAAGAGAAUCUAUGGAGCUCGAUAUUCCUGGUGAAGAUAAUGGUUUCACAGCUGGUUCAAAGGAAAAUGAGCUACAUCUCAGGCCAGUUAAAGCAGGUGAAUCAGGUGAGGGUUUGCCGUAUGCUCCUGUAGAUUGGCCUAAUCGUGGUGAUAACUGGACUUGGAAGGUGGGGAAGAGGAAAACUUCUUCUGGUUUCUGGAUAGAUAGGUACCUGUAUCCUCCAAGAAGUCUUCGGAAAACUAUGACUUUGUGUAGGAAAUAUCGUUUUGCAAGCAGAUACUCAGUUGAACAGUAUAUCCGGAAGGAAUUUCCUAAUGCAGAUGUGAAUGCCUUCUUUGCUUCUUUUAGUUGGAAGGUCCCUUCAGAAGAUUCCACAUGGACAAAAGAUGAAAGCAAUUCACUUGGCAUGCUUCCUGAUGAAGAGAUGGCUGAACAUUCUGGAUAUGACUCAAAUCAUGAGAGUAUGGAUUGCAAGGCUAGAAACAGGAUCUGCAAUCUCCAAUUACAAGCAAGGACCUACUCUCUAGCAUCUAUGGAUUGUGAUAUAUGCUGCAGUGAACCUGGUUUUUGUCGUAAUUGCUGUUGUAUUCUUUGUUGUAAGACUAUUAAUUGGGCUUACGGGGGUUAUAGCUUCGUUAAGUGUGAAGCAAGAGUGGGUGACAAUUAUAUUUGUGGACAUGUUGCACACAUGGACUGUGCUCUCCGUUCAUAUAUGGCUGGGACUGUUGGAGGAAGCAUUGGUUUAGAUGUGGAGUACUACUGUAGACGUUGUGAUAAGAGGACAAGUCUCAUUCCAUAUGUUACACGGCUUGUAAUGACCUGUGAGUCUCUUGAUUCCCGAGAUGACAUUGAGAAGAUAUUAAACCUGGGUUUGUGCAUUGUGUAUGGCUCACAACAAACAGAUGCAAAGAAGUUGUUGCAUCGCAUUGGAUUAGCAAUGACAAAGCUUAAAUGCGGAGCUGAUCUUAAGGACAUCUGGAAAGAGGAAAAUGCUUCGCCUGUAUCAACUGGGAGUCCAGAAGAUGCAAAUGAUGAAGAUAUUCCUGAUUUCAGAACAGACUUGGAGCUUCCUCUGGAUCUUGAACUACAGAAGCAAUCUCAGCCACCUAUGUUCAUUACUUCAGACCAUCGUAUUGCAUCUGUAAAACUACAGGACAAGAUCGAUCAGGUUCUCCAAUCCUUGAAGAGAUCACAGGAAUUUGAGUAUAGAAUUGCAGAGGAAAGACUGUAUGCUCAGAAAGAUUUUCUUCUGGGUUUAUAUCAACAACUUGACACAUCGAGGGCUCAUCUGGCGAAAUGCACUGGAACAGCAACCAACAGUGACUCUGAUGCCCUACUCGGCAAUGUCAUAAACAGAGUAGGUCAGAUAAAGCUUGAACUCGAAAAACUCACAACCAUGAAGGAGGUAGCCAAAGGAUUUGGAAGGGCUUCUAAAACUAUUCUGAGAGAGCACUUUGGCUUAGACAUACAAGAUUGAAAUUUGCUGCCCUACUCGGCAAUGUCAUAAACAGAGUAGGUCAGAUAAAGCUUGAACUCGAAAAACUCACAACCAUGAAGGAGGUAGCCAAAGGAUUUGGAAGGGCUUCUAAAACUAUUCUGAGAGAGCACUUUGGCUUAGACAUACAAGAUUGAAAUUUGCAUUAUUAUGUGGUUGUGAUGAGCUUACAUUUGUUGGCAAUCAGCCAAUUAUUGUUUCUUGAGUUCUUCAAUCUUCAUUCCACGCAUCAUUGCAUAUGCAUUAAUAUAUCGUAGAUUAUGUACUUUGAAUUCUUCAUGCA